UUAAUUCAUUACAAAAAAUCUCUUCUACAAUAUAACAGAACAAGUAGACUACCUACCAUAUUAAUCAUAUAAAACUAAAAUAACAACAAACAAUGACUGGCCGAGAAUCCAACCGCAUCAAGGACGCCGAAAAAAAACGCGUACUUGAUGAAGCCGCACGCCAACGUCGUGCACGUAAGGCGCUCGAAGCACUCGAGCAGGACAAUUUCCAUGAAGAUCCACACGCUGAUUUGGUAAUGUCUAAGAAAGUACCCAAAUUUCAAGAUGGCAUAAAAAACACCAAAGAAAAAAAAGCAAAGCGUAAAGGCGCCGAAUACUACAGGGCGAAGUAUCGAAAAAAUUUUCCACAACUAUUGGAAGAAUGCAGGCAAACUUCUUCAGAUGUGCCCAACUACUUGAAUGCUUUAGCACCGCCGCCAAAUAAGCCGGCACGUCGGUUCUGCGCAGUUUGUGGAAAUUUUUCAAAAUACACCUGCACCGCUUGCGGCACUCACUACUGUUGCAUUCGUUGUCUGGGCACUCAUCAGGAUACACGUUGCCUCAAAUGGACGGCUUAAAGAUGUGGUUUAUGUUUUUAUACAGUUGCUUAAGUAGUUUAUACAAUUUAUGAUGCGUCUCCUUUUAUGAAUUAAACUGAAAAAUAGAAAGUGGUUGGAAGCAGAGCAGAGAACAGAGUAAAGAAGAAAUAAGAAAGUAAAAACAAUGAAUGUUUUCCACGAGAUAUCUUUAAAGAGCCAUAUCUCCGUAUGUAUAAAACUUAAAAAUGAGAGCUGACUGGAAAUAAAUUUUAAAAAUUUCUCCUGUUUAUGGUCACAAUAGAGUAUGAAAUAAUACAGCAACGUGGUAAUACCAACGUUUAAGUUCUAGUAGGUCAAUCAUCGAAAAUGAUGUUAAAAUUAUGUAAUUCGUGGAGCCAUAUCAUUUGAGCACAAUUUCCAUAACCUAGGAAUUGAAUAAUAGCCAGAAAUCUGUUCGGAAUCAUUUGCAUAAGUAUAAUUAUAACUGUUGAUUUCAUGGACGAAAUAAAGCAAACGAGCUUAGAACUUUUUACUCGUUCCGAUGACAGUCAGUGAUACGUUACCUGAACGACCCGGAUUUGUAGCCGGCCAAGGACUGUCACUCCAGCAGCAUUCUACGUGCUUGUAUCGCGAAUGUUUAUGCUACAACAACAACAACAGAAAUUUUUACUUUAUGUAAUAUUUUGUCGCUAAGUUUUUCUUCCAAUUUACUUCAAAAGCUGCUACUGUGCACAGGGUAAUUUCUUGCUGUUUAGCAAUUCGGGCAAAAUAUAGUAUUCGAUUAGAGAUU